CGCAACCCAUCAGUCUGUUCUGCCUCGCAUCUCAGCCAACUCCUCUCUCUCUCUCCCCUAUCACGCCAAUUCCUCUCGCCAUGUUCGCUCGACAGGUGUUCCGGCCGGCAAACACGGUGCGGCAGCAUGUCCGUCGAUACGCAUCCGAUCCCCCAAAGAGCGGCGGCAAUAACUCAAUCCUUUAUACCGGCAUUGCCCUAGCCGCCCUCUCCGGUGGCUACUUCUAUAUGAGACGAGGCACCCCCACAACCGCCCUUCCUAAAGCCGAGGCCAAAAAAGUCUCUGGCUCGGUCGCAGCGCCAGUCAAGGCCGCCUUCACGGGCGGAGAGCAGGGCUUCCUGUCCUUGGUGCUAGAGAAGGCCGACAUCAUCAAUCACAACACCAAGAAGUUCACCUUCAAGCUGCCAGAGGAGGACAUGGAGAGCGGCCUACCCAUCGCUUCUGCCGUCAUCACCAAGUACAAGGGCCCGAACAUGGAGAAGCCCGUCAUUCGGCCCUACACCCCCACCAGCGACACUGACCAGAAGGGCUACGUCGAGUUCAUUGUCAAGAAGUAUCCCAAUGGCCCCAUGUCCGAGCACAUGCACAACAUGGAGCCCGGCCAGCGCCUCGACAUCAAGGGCCCCAUCCCUAAAUACCCCUGGUCGCCUAACAAGCAUGAGCACGUGGCCAUGAUUGCCGGCGGAACCGGCAUUACUCCAAUGUGGCAAGUCGCGAAUGCCAUCUUCAAGAAUCCUGAGGACAAGACAAAGGUCACACUCGUCUUUGGCAACAUUUCCGAGGAAGAUAUUCUACUCAAGAAGGAACUGGAACGCUUGGAAAACACCUACCCCCAGCGGUUCAGAGCAUUCUACGUCUUGGACAACCCGCCAGAGCAGUGGCAGGGUGGGAAGGGAUUCGUAACCAAGGAGCUGCUGAAGACGGUGCUCCCGGAACCGAAAGAGGGCGAGAAGAUCAAGAUUUUCGUUUGCGGACCGCCAGGCAUGUACAAGGCCAUCAGUGGGGGCAAGAAGAGCCCAACGGACCAGGGCGAGCUGGAUGGCAUACUGAAAGAUCUUGGGUACAGCAAGGACCAGGUGUACAAGUUCUGAGCAGAUUAUGUAGAGUUUCUGAGAAAUCUUGUACACUAUGUCUGAUGAAGAUAGAUUUCCUUGUCAAAACAGCUCCCUCCACGGAGGCUCCAGCAGGCACAACGGUAUGCGGUUAUGAUAGAAACUACCAUCUCUGUAAUACAUCCCUGAUUCCGGCAAGGAGCCUAACAGACCAAACCCAUCUGCAAGCCUGAUGGUGGUGCAGCGGAAGAGUGUUGUAUUGAUGUAGAGCCUUUAGGGCAGUCAUGAUACAUAGAGGGGACAGGCACUAGUAGAUAGUGGCUUGG